UGCGACCCAGAUGUUUGUGGUCUGACGGAACACUUUCUGGGACAAAACUUCUAGCGUUAGAGAGUGAGAGAGUCAGGAAGAUACUGAUCAGAGGAACAAAUAACUAUUAAAAAAUAUACAUUCAUUUUCCUAAUGUUGACAGUUGCUAAAUGCAUAUUUUCUCAAUUAUUCCGUGAUUUCUAACAGAGUAAGUAAGGAUCUAGGAUCAGGGCAGGCAGGGGACCUGGACGUGCAGCCAAGCCCACCAAGGAUGCACUGAGCUGGGGAACAUCUGCUGUGGCCUCCCCCUAGCACUGCCAUGGCAUCUGACCCUUCACCCCCAAGCCCCGCCCCUCUGGGCUCCCAGGUCCACGCAGCCGCCGUCAACGGAGACCGGAGCGUCCUCCUCAGACUCAUCACAGUGGAUCCCUCCCUGCGUGACCGUGAGGACCAGUUUGGGCGUACCCCACUGAUGUACUGUGUCCUGGCUGACCGUCUGGACUGUGCUGAGACACUGCUGAAGGCGGGAGCCUCUGUUAACAAGACUGACCAUAGCCAACGUACUGCGCUGCACCUGGCAGCACAGAAG